CAAAAUUCUUGCCUUCUCUUCGUCUCCGAGCCCCGUGUUCCCCCACGCCGCAAUUUCACGGCUUUCCCUUUUAGCCGUUCUCUUUCUUUCUGUGUUCUGAUUCUCUAUCUUUCUUUUUUUUUUUGAGUUGUAUUCAAUCUUCUUGUGAAGAUAAGAAGCGGGACUGGACCUUUUGUGACACACAGGAAGUAAUGAUGUUUGGUUUAGGUUGUGCCAAAGGAAUCGCUAAUCGAUUUUUUAGAAAUCCCAGAUGGAGGUCUGGAAUAUUCGUGCAUCAUAAUCAGUUCCCUAAUUACUCCGUCUAUACAAAGCAGAGACCUUUCGUAGAAGUUCCACAUGAAGCAGCGUCUUCAAAUCAGAAUGUAUUCGAGUACAGCAGACGUUACAUGAGUAAUUCGACGAUAGAGCUAAGAACUGAAGAUAAUGUGGUGAGGUUUUCUUUCAACAACAAAGUCACUGAAAACAGAAGUGUGCCUAUGAGGACAGACAAGAAAUGGAAACGAGCUAAAUCGUCAAGAAAGGCUAAAGUGAAUGAGUUAAGGUUUUACCGUCUAAAGGCCAAAAAGAAGAUGAAUUCUCCAAAUCCUGAAGUUAGGAUAAGAUAUAAGCUCGAAAAGGCCAAGAGAAAAGAAGAAUGGUUGAUUGAGAAACUGAGGAAAUAUGAUGUCCCGAAAUUGCCAGCAGAAGCCUAUGAUCCAGAAACUUUGACAGAGGAAGAGCAGCAUUACCUAAAACGCACAGGUGAAAAGAGAAAGAACUUUGUACUUGUGGGAAGACGAGGAGUGUUUGGAGGUGUGGUCCUGAACAUGCACCUCCAUUGGAAAAAGCACGAGACUGUUAAAGUUAUAUGCAAGCCAUGCAACAAACUGGGGCAGAUUCAUGAGUAUGCAGAAGAGCUUGCUAGGUUAAGCAAGGGAAUUGUGAUCGAUGUUAAACCUAACAACGCCAUAGUACUGUACCGCGGGAAAAACUAUGUCAGACCAGAAGUGAUGUCUCCUGUUGAUACACUCUCUAAAGAUAAGGCUUUGGAGAAAUAUCGGUAUGAGCAAUCGCUUGAACAUACGAGUGAGUUCAUAGAGAAGCUGGAAAAAGAGCUUGAGGACUAUUACAAGUAUGUUGCUCGGUACAAGAAGAAGAAAGAUGAAGAAAAAUGAGGUAGAUUAGAUUCAAUGAGUAAAGCAGUGUAACUUACUGAUUUGGUGAUUUUGUUUAGCCUCAAAACCCAAAUCUGAAAACAGUGGAGAGUCC